AGGAAAUCCGUUAUUUAAAGAGAAAAAAAUUAAAUAUUUUAUUUGUAUCAAAGGUUGGCGGAAAAUUAAUAUUCCUAUCGAAAAUAAAAAUUUCUAUCAAUACAAAAUUUGUGAUUUCGUGUUAGAUAUUUUGGAAAUAUUCAUUCCACAAGCCAUAAAUAUGUAUGCGGCUGUGAAACCGCUUUCCAAAUAUUUGCAAUUAAAAUCGGUUCGCAUAUACGAUGUGGUUUUCACAUUGCAUUCCAAAUGUACAGUGGUUAUUUUAUUAACCUGUUCAUUUCUGCUUUCUGCUAAGCAGUAUUUCGGAGAACCCAUUCAAUGCAUGGGCGAUGACAAAUAUAGUGAAUUCGUUAAUUCCUUCUGUUGGACCAUGGGCACUUAUAUUUACAAUGUGUACGAUAUACAAGAUCGUAUACCACAUGGGAACAAAUUGUUAAGUACCCAGACUGGAGAACCAUCUCCUUAUAUUGCAGAGGCUAUAACAACAGAAGUUGCUGGUGGUACGGAGAAAAUAUAUCUGCGUUACUAUCAAUGGGUCAUUAUGCUACUCUUAUUGCAGUCUGUUAUAUUUUAUUUCCCUUCCUUUCUUUGGAAAAUGUGGGAAGGUCAACGACUAAAACAGUUAUGCGCUGAAGUUGGCGAUGCUCUUGUUCCGGAGGGAACUUAUGUGGAACGUCUUAAGUUGCUUAUAAAAUACUUUUCAACAGAUUAUAAGGAUAUACACUAUUGUUAUAUGGUCAAAUGUCUGACAUGUGAAGUGUUGAAUUUUAUUAUCAGCAUAAUCAAUAUUUUACUGCUUAAUGUGUUCUUAAAUGGUUAUUGGACAAAGUACGUUGAAGCUCUUAUGGCCGUUCCAAUAUAUGACUGGGACAAUUGGAAUCGCAUUACUUCCCGAGUUUUUCCAAAAAUUUCCAAAUGUGACUACUUUUAUUUUGGACCGGGUGGUUCGCAAACUAAGCGAGAUGUUUUGUGUAUUCUACCUUUGAAUAUUCUAAAUGAAAAAAUAUUUGCCUUUCUGUGGUGCUGGUUCAUCAUAAUGGCUGUAAUCUCUGGUUUAAAUCUGUUGUAUCGUCUUUUCCUAAUGGCAAGCAAAACUUUUCGUUUAAAAAUGAUCAGCACUCAAUUGCGUCCAAUGUCUACAAGACAUGUGCUCAUGGCUUUAGAAAAUAUAAGCUUUGGCGAUUGGUUCUUACUUUUUAAAGUCAGUGUAAAUAUAAAUCCAAUGUUAUUUCGAGAUUUAAUUCAAGAAUUAUAUGAACAACGAAAAUUGAGAAAUAAUUUGACUUCUGUUUAAUACAAUUCAUCGACUGACUUGUACAGAUACAUAUGUAUGUAUUGAAGUAAUACAUAAUUUCUUACUUAGAAUUAGAACAAAAAUGAGUUAAUAUAAAAUAUUAAAGGCGAAUUACAUAGUUGAGUUAUAGAACCAUUAAAGUGCCUUGUUGUAUGUCAAAUGCAAACGUACUGAAGAUUUUGCAUUAAUGAAUUAUUUUUAUUUAUAUUAUCUUAUAUAAUUUUCUUUUUC